AUGAACUAUAUUAAACUUUUACCUCCAAGAUGGCAUAUAAUAGGUAAAAAUGGACUUUGUUGUGAAGGAAAUUGUGUUAAAAAUAAAAAUGAAAACAUUAACAACAACAAUAGUGAGAAUAAUAACACCAAUCGUAAUGGUAAUGGUAUAACCACACCUGGUAGUAUCACAUUCAAUACAAGUGGAAUGUAUUGUAAUGAUGAUUCUGAUGAUAUGAAAGGACCUUUGGACACUACGAAUUGGAUUGUCAAAGAUUCAAUCCUAUGUGGUGAAUAUCCUGGUAACAAGGAUGAUGAUAUCGUUCAUUUUAAAACACUUUCAACUUUAUUAGAUUCUGGUAUUAGAGUAUUUGUUUGUUUACAAGAACAGGAUGAGUUGAAAAAGUUUAGACCUUAUAGAGAGGACAUUUUAAAAUUAUCAAAAGAGAAAGGAAUAGAUGUUGAUAGUGUCACAUUUGUACAUUUCCCAAUUGAGGAUGGUGGUAUCGCAGAGAAUAAUGAAGAUUUAGUGGAUUUGAUAGAGAGAUUAUUGAAUUUACUAUCAUUGGAUAAUAAGGUCUAUCUUCAUUGUUGGGCUGGUAGAGGUCGUACAGGUAUCAUUGGUGCUUGUCUGUUGGGUAGAUUAUAUCAAGUCACUGGCUUAGAAGCAUUAAGAAGAACUCAAGAUUGUUAUCAACAAAGAAUCAUUGGGUAUGGUGAAUCUCCUGAAUAUCAUCCUCAAAAAAUGCAAGUUAUAAAAUAUUUAAGAUCAAAAAAUGAAUUAACAAAUUCAAAUAAUAGUAAUAAUUAA